CAUUAUAUUUAAUAUAAAUUAUUUAGUUAUAAGAUAUGCCAUUAUUCGUGUAUAUACUUGGAAACAUGCAGUGUUAUGUGUGAAAAGUUGUCUAGCAAUAUGAAAACUAGCAACAUAUACAAUAGCAUGAGGUUAUGAUAUAGGUUCUUAUAUGUAUCAGCCCAAUGUGAUUUAGUUGCAUCUUACAUGGAUGGAGUUCACGUUAAAAUCGCAGAGGCUUAUAAACCUCCAAGAAAAGUGUGUCUGCCAGCUGCGUAUAAUAAUAAACUGCCGGAUGUGUCAAAAUUUACUUAUGACUUUACUUUAGAACGAUCCGUGAUUGAAAAGAUGACAGAAUGGCGUAAAGUUAGACAAGCAAAUAACAAGGCACGGCAUGCACGAUUAGAUGAAAAAAGGAUGAGAGAAAAGAAAGAAUUUUCACCUCCUCCGCCACCUCCAUUACCUGAUACAACAAAACAAUUACCUGUAAAUGCACCUGCACCAGAGACUACAAUUCUAACACCACAGCCUUUAUCACCACCAGCUAAUGAUCUCCAAGAUCAUAUAAAAACGAAUGGUCUUAAUUUUGCUGAUUUUGAUAAUGAUACAAGUAGUCCGUUUGAUAAUAUGGAAUUAAAAACAAUUAAUGAUAUGGAAGAACUUGCUCAGGUGCUACAACCUACAUCUCAAUGGGUACCACUAGCAAAAUUAGAAAGUAUACUGAAUGAUUUAACUGUUGAUGAUCAGUCUGAUAUUCAUGUAGAAGAAAAAAGUGAUAAUACUAAAAAUGAAAUUAACGGUCAGGAAGAAGAAAAUGAUGAAGAAAAUGUUAAACAUCGUAGCGUGUCUGCAAUUGUACAAGAGCUUCAAAGAGAUUUAGAAAGACCUUUUAUGGAGAAUUGGAAACCUUGGCCAAAUUUAGAAACACCUGAUACCAGUUCUCGUGAAAUAAAAAAACAAGAAGAGCCGAUGGUAUUAAAUCAAGUCACUGUUAUGAAUUUACUAAUAGACUUAACAGAAGAAGACAAAAAAUUGGCUCAUCAUUUAAGCGAUAUGGGAUUUUCUGUAUCGAAAGCUGCCCGCGCUAUACGUGAUUUAGGCGGUCAAGAUAAUAAAAAAAUUGUAGAAUACUUAUUAGCAGUGCAAUCCUUAGAGGAAAUAGGAAUCCCCGGAGAAGAUGCGGAAAAAGCCCUUGCCCUUACAGAGUAUAAUCAAGACAAAGCCAAAGUUUAUCACGAAAAUCUACGUACUUUACGAGAUUUAGGUUUCCCUGAAGAAGAAGCAUCCGCCGCACUUCUAAAAUGUAACAUCGAUCGCGAUAGAGCUUUAGACUUUCUUAUAGCUUAAAUGCAAAAUUAUAU